AUGGGAACCAACAUACAGGCAUUGUUAGAUGCUGCAACGAAAAAUGAUCUUGAAACCAUCAAAUACCAAAUCCGUCAGGGAGCAAAGGUGAAUGGAAAAAGUCUGAUUGAUGGUUCCACUGCAUUACAUAAUGCUGCUAGCAAUGGCCACGUUGAUGUCGUCAAAUAUUUGAUCAGUCAAGGAGCUCGGGUUAAUGAAGGGGAUAAUAAUGGUUCGACUGCAUUACAUAGCUCCGCUACCAAUGGCCAUGUUGGGGUCAUCAAAUAUCUGGUCAGUGAAGGAGCUGAGGUCAAUAAAGGGGAUUGUGAUGGUAUGACUGCAUUACAUAGAGCUGCUGGCAAUGGACAUGUUGACGUCAUUGAAUUGCCGAUCAGUCAAGGAGCUGAAGUGAAUACAGCAAGAGAAGAUGGUCGGACCCAAUUACACAGUGCUGCACAGAAUGGUCAUCUUAACAUAAUUAAAUACCUGAUUAGUCAAGGAGCUGAGGUAAACAAGAGAGAUAAAGAUGGAUUGACUGCAUUACACAUUGCUAUUAAAAUAGGUAAUUAUGACAUCACCGUAUAUCUAAUCAGUAAAGGAGCUGACGUUAAUACUGUAUGUCACACCGCAGCAGAGAAUGGUCACCUUGAUGUCAUUACUUACUUCAUUAGUAAAGGAGCUGAAGUGAAUACAGCAAGAGCAGGUGGUCGGACUCUAUUACACUGUGCUGCACAGAAUGGUCAUCUUAAUAUCAUUGAAUACCUAAUUAGUCAAGGAGCUAAGUUGAACAUAGAAGAUAACAAUGGCUUGACUGCACUACACAUUGCUGCUGAAAAUGGUCACAUAGACGUCAUGCAAUAUCUAAUCAACGUAGGAGCAAACCUUAAUGCCGUAUGUAAUAGUGCUGCUGAGAAGGGCCAUUUUCAUGCCAUUUAUUACUUAAUCAGUCAAGGAGCUGAAGUGAACAGAGCAAGAGAAGAUGGUCAGACUCUAUUACACAGUGCUGCACAGAGUGGUCAUCUUAACAUCAUUGAAUACCUAAUUAGUCAAGGAGCUGAGGUGGAUAAAUCAGAUAACUAUGGCUUGACAGCACUACACAUUGCUGCUGAAAAUGGUCACAUAGACGUCAUAAAAUAUCUAAUCAGCGUAGGAGCAAACCUUAAUGCCGUAUGUCAUAGUGCUGCUGAGAAGGGCAAUCUUCGUGCCAUUUCUUACUUAAUCAGUCAAGGAGCUGAAUUGAACAGAGCAAGAGAAGAUGGUCGGACUCUAUUACACAGUGCUGCACUGAGUGGUUAUCUUAACAUCAUUAUAUACCUGAUUAGUCAAGGGGCUGAGGUGGAUAAAGCAGAUAACCAUGGCUUGACAGCACUACACAUUGCUGCUGAAAAUGGUCACAUAGACGUCAUAAAAUAUCUAAUCAGCGUAGGAGCAAACCUUAAUGCCGUAUGUAAUAGUGCUGCUGAGAAUGGCCAUCUUCGUGCAAUUUCUUACUUAAUCAGUCAAGGAGCUGAAGUGAACAGAGCAAGAGAAGAUGGUCAGACUCUAUUACACAGUGCUGCACAGAGUGGUCAUCUUAACAUCAUUGAAUACCUAAUUAGUCAAGGAGCUGAGGUGGAUAAAUCAGAUAACUAUGGCUUGACUGCACUACACAUUGCUGCUGAACGUGGUCACAUAGACGUUAUUAAAUAUCUGAUCAGCGUAGGUGCCAACCUUAAUAGGGUAUGUCACACUGCUGCAGAGAAAGGCAAUCUUCGUGCCAUUUCUUACUUAAUCAGUCAAGGAGCUGAAGUGGACACAGGAAGAGAUGGUCGGACUCUAUUACACAGUGCUGCACUGAGUGGUUAUCUUAACAUCAUUAAAUACCUGAUUAGUCAAGGGGCUGAGGUGGAUAAAGCAGAUAACCAUGGCUUGACAGCACUACACAUUGCUGCUGAAAAUGGUCACAUAGACGUCAUAAAAUAUCUAAUCAGCGUAGGAGCAAACCUUAAUGCCGUAUGUAAUAGUGCUGCUGAGAAGGGCCAUCUUCGUGCAAUUUCUUACUUAAUCAGUCAAGGAGCUGAAGUGAACAGAGCAAGAGAAGAUGGUCAGACUCUAUUACACAGUGCUACACAGAGUGGUUAUCUUAACAUCAUUGAAUACCUAAUUAGUCAAGGAGCUGAGGUGGAUAAAUCAGAUAACCAUGGCUUGACUGCACUACACAUUGCUGCUGAACGUGGUCACAUAGGCGUUAUUAAAUAUCUGAUCAGCGUAGGUGCCAACCUUAAUAGGGUAUGUCACACUGCUGCAGAGAAAGGCAAUCUUCGUGCCAUUUCUUACUUAAUCAGUCAAGGAGCUGAAGUGGACACAGCAAGAGAUGGUCGGACUCUAUUACACAGUGCUGCACUGAGUGGUUAUCUUAACAUCAUUAAAUACCUGAUUAGUAAAGGGGCUGAGGUGGAUAAAGCAGACAACCAUGGCUUGACAGCACUACACAUUGCUGCUGAAAAUGGUCUUAUAGACGUCAUAAAAUAUCUAAUCAGCGUAGGAGCAAACCUUAAUGCCGUAUGUCAUAGUGCUGCUGAGAAGGGCCAUCUUCGUGCCAUUUCUUACUUAAUCAGUCAAGGAGCUGAAGUGAACAGAGCAAGAGAAGAUGGUCGGACUCUAUUACACAGUGCUGCACUGAGUGGUUAUCUUAACAUCAUUAUAUACCUGAUUAGUCAAGGGGCUGAGGUGGAUAAAGCAGAUAACCAUGGCUUGACAGCACUACACAUUGCUGCUGAAAAUGGUCACAUAGACGUCAUAAAAUAUCUAAUCAGCGUAGGAGCAAACCUUAAUGCCGUAUGUAAUAGUGCUGCUGAGAAGGGCCAUCUUCGUGCAAUUUCUUACUUAAUCAGUCAAGGAGCUGAAGUGAACAGAGCAAGAGAAGAUGGUCAGACUCUAUUACACAGUGCUACACAGAGUGGUCAUCUUAACAUCAUUGAAUACCUAAUUAGUCAAGGAGCUGAGGUGGAUAAAUCAGAUAACUAUGGCUUGACUGCACUACACAUUGCUGCUGAAAAUGGUCACAUAGACGUCAUAAAAUAUCUAAUCAGCGUAGGAGCAAACCUUAAUAGGGUAUGUCACACUGUUGCAGAGAAAGGCAAUCUUUGUGCCAUUUCUUACUUAAUCAGUCAAGGAGCUGAAGUGGACACAGCAAGAGAUGGUCGGACUCUAUUACACAGUGCUGCACUGAGUGGUUAUCUUAACAUCAUUAAAUACCUGAUUAGUCAAGGGGCUGAGGUGGAUAAAGCAGAUAACCAUGGUUUGACAGCACUACACAUUGCUGCUGAAAAUGGUCACAUAGACGUCAUAAAAUAUCUAAUCAGCGUAGGAGCAAACCUUAAUGCCGUAUGUAAUAGUGCUGCUGAGAAGGGCCAUCUUCGUGCAAUUUCUUACUUAAUCAGUCAAGGAGCUGAAGUGAACAGAGCAAGAGAAGAUGGUCAGACUCUAUUACACAGUGCUACACAGAGUGGUCAUCUUAACAUCAUUGAAUACCUAAUUAGUCAAGGAGCUGAGGUGGAUAAAUCAGAUAACUAUGGCUUGACUGCACUACACAUUGCUGCUGAACGUGGUCACAUAGACGUUAUUAAAUAUCUGAUCAGCGUAGGUGCCAACCUUAAUAGGGUAUGUCACACUGUUGCAGAGAAAGGCAAUCUUUGUGCCAUUUCUUACUUAAUCAGUCAAGGAGCUGAAGUGGACACAGCAAGAGAUGGUCGGACUCUAUUACACAGUGCUGCACUGAGUGGUUAUCUUAACAUCAUUAAAUACCUGAUUAGUCAAGGGGCUGAGGUGGAUAAAGCAGAUAACCAUGGUUUGACAGCACUACACAUUGCUGCUGAAAAUGGUCACAUAGACGUCAUAAAAUAUCUAAUCAGCGUAGGAGCAAACCUUAAUGCCGUAUGUAAUAGUGCUGCUGAGAAGGGCCAUCUUCGUGCAAUUUCUUACUUAAUCAGUCAAGGAGCUGAAGUGAACAGAGCAAGAGAAGAUGGUCAGACUCUAUUACACAGUGCUACACAGAGUGGUCAUCUUAACAUCAUUGAAUACCUAAUUAGUCAAGGAGCUGAGGUGGAUAAAUCAGAUAACUAUGGCUUGACUGCACUACACAUUGCUGCUGAACGUGGUCACAUAGACGUUAUUAAAUAUCUGAUCAGCGUAGGUGCCAACCUUAAUAGGGUAUGUCACACUGUUGCAGAGAAAGGCCAUCUUUGUGCCAUUUCUUACUUAAUCAGUCAAGGAGCUGAAGUGGACACAGCAAGAGAUGGUCGGACUCUAUUACACAGUGCUGCACUGAGUGGUUAUCUUAACAUCAUUAAAUACCUGAUUAGUCAAGGGGCUGAGGUGGAUAAAGCAGAUAACCAUGGUUUGACAGCACUACACAUUGCUGCUGAAAAUGGUCACAUAGACGUCAUAAAAUAUCUAAUCAGCGUAGGAGCAAACCUUAAUGCCGUAUGUAAUAGUGCUGCUGAGAAGGGCCAUCUUCGUGCAAUUUCUUACUUAAUCAGUCAAGGAGCUGAAGUGAACAGAGCAAGAGAAGAUGGUCAGACUCUAUUACACAGUGCUACACAGAGUGGUCAUCUUAACAUCAUUGAAUACCUAAUUAGUCAAGGAGCUGAGGUGGAUAAAUCAGAUAACUAUGGCUUGACUGCACUACACAUUGCUGCUGAACGUGGUCACAUAGACGUUAUUAAAUAUCUGAUCAGCGUAGGUGCCAACCUUAAUAGGGUAUGUCACACUGUUGCAGAGGAAGGCAAUCUUUGUGCCAUUUCUUACUUAAUCAGUCAAGGAGCUGAAGUGGACACAGCAAGAGAUGGUCGGACUCUAUUACACAGUGCUGCACUGAGUGGUUAUCUUAACAUCAUUAAAUACCUGAUUAGUAAAGGGGCCGAGGUGGAUAAAUCAGAUAAUCAUGGCUUGACAGCACUACACAUUGCUGCUGAAAAUGGUCAUCUAGACGUCAUAACAUAUCUAAUCAGCGUAGGAGCAAACCUUAAUGCCGUAUGUCAUAGUGCUGCUGAGAAGGGCCAUCUUCGUGCCAUUUCUUACUUAAUCAGUCAAGGAGCUGAUGUGAACAGAGCAAGAGAAGAUGGUCGGACUCUAUUACACCGUGCUGCACAGAGUGGUCAUCUUAACAUCAUUGAAUACCUGAUUACUCAAGGGGCUGAGGUGGAUAAAUCAGAUAACCAUGGCUUGACUGCACUACACAUUGCUGCUGAAAAUGGUCACAUAGACGUCAUAAAAUAUCUAAUUAGCGUAGGAGCAAACCUUAAUGCCGUAUGUCAUAGUGCUGCUGAGAAGGGCCAUCUUCGCGCUAUUUCUUACUUGAUCAAUCAAGGAGCUGAAGUGAACACAGCAAGAGAAGAUGGUCGGCUUUUUUUACACAGUGCUGCACAGAGUGGUCGUCUUAACCUCAUUGAAUACUUAAUUGGUCAAGGAGCUGAAGUCGAUAAAAAAGAUAACAAUGGCUUGACUGCACUACACAUUGCUGCUAAAAGUGGGCACAUAGACGUCAUUAAAUAUCUAAUGAGCGUAGGAGCCAACCUUAACAUGCUCAAUGUAUGUCAUAGUGCUGCUGAGAAGGGCCAUCUUGAUGUCAUUUCUUACUUGAUCAGCGAAGGAGCUGAAGUAAACACAGCAAGAGAAGAUGGCCGGACUGUUUUACACAGUGCUGUACAGAGUGGUCAUCUUAACAUCAUUGAACACCUGAUUGGUCAAGGAGCCGAUGUGGAUAAGUCAGAUAACUAUGGCUUGACUGCACUACACAUUGCUGCUGAAAGUGGUCACAGAGACGUCAUUACAUAUCUUAUCAGCGUUGGAGCAAACUUGCAUGCCGUAUGUCACAAUGCUGCUGAGAAGGGCAAUAUUGGUGUCAUUUUUCACUUGAUCAGUCAUGGAGCUGAAGUGAACGGAGCAAGAGAAGAUGGUCAGACUCUAUUACACAGUGCUACACAGAGUGGUCAUCUUAACAUCAUUGAAUACCUAAUUAGUCAAGGAGCUGAGGUGGAUAAAUCAGAUAACUAUGGCUUGACUGCACUACACAUUGCUGCUGAACGUGGUCACAUAGACGUUAUUAAAUAUCUGAUCAGCGUAGGUGCCAACCUUAAUAGGGUAUGUCACACUGUUGCAGAGAAAGGCAAUCUUUGUGCCAUUUCUUACUUAAUCAGUCAAGGAGCUGAAGUGGACACAGCAAGAGAUGGUCGGACUCUAUUACACAGUGCUGCACUGAGUGGUUAUCUUAACAUCAUUAAAUACCUGAUUAGUCAAGGGGCUGAGGUGGAUAAAGCAGAUAACCAUGGUUUGACAGCACUACACAUUGCUGCUGAAAAUGGUCACAUACACGUCAUAAAAUAUCUAAUCAGCGUAGGAGCAAACCUUAAUGCCGUAUGUUAUAGUGCUGCUGAGAAGGGCCAUCUUCGUGCAAUUUCUUACUUAAUCAGUCAAGGAGCUGAAGUGAACAGAGCAAGAGAAGAUGGUCAGACUCUAUUACACAGUGCUACACAGAGUGGUCAUCUUAACAUCAUUGAAUACCUAAUUAGUCAAGGAGCUGAGGUGGAUAAAUCAGAUAACUAUGGCUUGACUGCACUACACAUUGCUGCUGAACGUGGUCACAUAGACGUUAUUAAAUAUCUGAUCAGCGUAGGUGCCAACCUUAAUAGGGUAUGUCACACUGUUGCAGAGGAAGGCAAUCUUUGUGCCAUUUCUUACUUAAUCAGUCAAGGAGCUGAAGUGGACACAGCAAGAGAUGGUCGGACUCUAUUACACAGUGCUGCACUGAGUGGUUAUCUUAACAUCAUUAAAUACCUGAUUAGUAAAGGGGCCGAGGUGGAUAAAUCAGAUAAUCAUGGCUUGACAGCACUACACAUUGCUGCUGAAAAUGGUCAUCUAGACGUCAUAACAUAUCUAAUCAGCGUAGGAGCAAACCUUAAUGCCGUAUGUCAUAGUGCUGCUGAGAAGGGCCAUCUUCGUGCCAUUUCUUACUUAAUCAGUCAAGGAGCUGAAGUGAACAGAGCAAGAGAAGAUGGUCGGACUCUAUUACACCGUGCUGCACAGAGUGGUCAUCUUAACAUCAUUGAAUACCUGAUUACUCAAGGGGCUGAGGUGGAUAAAUCAGAUAACCAUGGCUUGACUGCACUACACAUUGCUGCUGAAAAUGGUCACAUAGACGUCAUAAAAUAUCUAAUUAGCGUAGGAGCAAACCUUAAUGCCGUAUGUCAUAGUGCUGCUGAGAAGGGCCAUCUUCGCGCUAUUUCUUACUUGAUCAAUCAAGGAGCUGAAGUGAACACAGCAAGAGAAGAUGGUCGGCUUUUUUUACACAGUGCUGCACAGAGUGGUCGUCUUAACCUCAUUGAAUACUUAAUUGGUCAAGGAGCUGAAGUCGAUAAAAAAGAUAACAAUGGCUUGACUGCACUACACAUUGCUGCUAAAAGUGGGCACAUAGACGUCAUUAAAUAUCUAAUGAGCGUAGGAGCCAACCUUAACAUGCUCAAUGUAUGUCAUAGUGCUGCUGAGAAGGGCCAUCUUGAUGUCAUUUCUUACUUGAUCAGCGAAGGAGCUGAAGUAAACACAGCAAGAGAAGAUGGCCGGACUGUUUUACACAGUGCUGUACAGAGUGGUCAUCUUAACAUCAUUGAACACCUGAUUGGUCAAGGAGCCGAUGUGGAUAAGUCAGAUAACUAUGGCUUGACUGCACUACACAUUGCUGCUGAAAGUGGUCACAGAGACGUCAUUACAUAUCUUAUCAGCGUUGGAGCAAACUUGCAUGCCGUAUGUCACAAUGCUGCUGAGAAGGGCAAUAUUGGUGUCAUUUUUCACUUGAUCAGUCAUGGAGCUGAAGUGAACGGAGCAAGAGAAGAUGGUCAGACUCUAUUACACAGUGCUACACAGAGUGGUCAUCUUAACAUCAUUGAAUACCUAAUUAGUCAAGGAGCUGAGGUGGAUAAAUCAGAUAACCAUGGCUUGACUGCACUACACAUUGCUGCUGAAAAUGGUCACAUAGACGUCAUUAAAUAUCUAAACAGCGUAGGAGCAAACCUGAAUGCCGUAUGUCAUAGUGCUGCUGAGAAGGGAAAUCUACGUGUCAUUUCUCACUUGAUCAGUCAAGGAGUCGAAGUGAACACAGCAAGAGAAGAUGGCCGGACUGUUUUACACAGUGCUGCACAGAGUGGUCAUCUAAACAUCAUUCAACACCUGAUUGGUCAAGGAGCUGUGGUGGAUAAGUCUGAUAACUAUGGCUUGACUGCACUACAAAUUGCUGCCGAAAGUGGUCACAUAGAUGUCAUUAAAUAUCUAAUUAGCGUAGGAGCAAACCUGAAUGCCGUAUGUAAUAGUGCUGCUGAGAAGGGCCAUCUUCGUGCCAUUUCUUACUUAAUCAGUCAAGGAGCUGAGGUGAACACAGCACGAGAAGAUGGUCGGACUCUAUUACACAGUGCUGUACAGAGUGGUCAUCUUGGAGUCACCAAACACCUGAUUAAUCAAGGAGCUGAGGUGAAUAUAGGAGACAACUUUGGUUUGUCUGCAUUGCACAUUGCCGCUAUCCAUGGUCAUCUUGAUAUUACUGAGUGUCUGAUCAGUGAGGGUGCAGACGUAAAUAAGGCCCAGCGAGACAAGUUGAAUACCAAGAAUGAAUCAACGCCCAUCCAUCAUGCUAUAGUAAAUGGACAUACAUCCAUCAUCGAGAAGUUAAUUUCUAAUAGAUGUGAUCUUAAUGUGCAGUCUUCUGAUGGCCAAACCUGUCUCCAUAAAGCCAUCGGAUUAUGCUACGAGAGCAAGACCAUACAAAACACUGAUACGCUCAGAAAGAUAUCUUCCGAGUACUACGAUGGUAGGUUAUCUCCUAAUGAGGCAUUGGUGUUGUAUCUCAUUGAGAAUGGCGCCAGACUAGAUAUAAAGGACGAUGCAGGCAACCUGCCGAUCCAGUACGCCAGGGAUGAACUAGUCAGACAGAUGAUUUUGUCAAGAUUACCUUCAAUGGAUGAUGUGCAGUCUGUUAGAGGUAAGAACAUUUCUAAAGCAUAA